GUCGCCAAGUGCGUGGUAAAUGUCACUAAUUCGUCUCCAGUUCUCACGAGGUAUACGUCCAUACGCAAGAUGGUUGAUACUCAGAGUUCUGUUUGGCUGGGGAGUUUUGGCCUCCAUCCUCAGUUUCUAGAAGAAGACACUUCACAUUUAUUUGAUAUGGAUUCUCUGUCUUCACUGGAGUACUCCAGUCCCUACUACCUGGAUUAUGACAACACUCUAAGGUCCAGCCAUGAUGUGAACAAUGACUGCAGCACUUCUGACGCAAACACAUGUGAUUCCAUUGAAGGUGAACCUAAAAGCUCUCCUAAGAAUUUAGAGAGCAGCGCUUCAUAUGUCAGACUACAUGCUGAUGUGUCCAGUGCACUGCUCAAUGUGGAAUGUCGGGUGUGUGGUGACAAAGCUUCUGGGUACCAUUAUGGUGUCCAUGCCUGUGAAGGCUGCAAGGGUUUCUUCCGCAGAACUAUCAAAUUAAAGCUGGUAUAUGACCACUGCGAUUUGAACUGUCGCAUUCACAAGAAAAAUCGAAACAAGUGUCAGCACUGUCGUUUUCAGAAGUGUCUCGCUGUCGGCAUGUCUCAGGAGGCCAUUCGUUAUGGUCGGACACCCCAGGUGGAAAAGGAGAAGCUUCUAGCAGAGGUGUCAAUUGAGUUGGAUCAAACGAACCCACAGAAAAAUGAGCUGAGAUGUCUUGCCAAGCACUUGCAUGAGUCCUACCUCAAACAUGUCCCAGUCACCAAAGCCAAAGCCAGGGCUAUUCUUACCGGAAGGAAUCGCAAUCAUUCACCCUUUGUGAUCCAUGAUAUGAAGUCUUUGAUGGCUGGGGAGCAAGUUCUAAACAGGAGGUCCCUCCCUACACAGAGAGCUGAGGCAAUGUCCAGCCAGGAGCACUUUGGAGUUGAACUCUGCUUCUUCCGUGGCGUUCAGGUUCGUUCGGCUGAAUGCGUCAGAGAGAUCACAGAGUUUGCCAAGAGUAUCCCAGGUUUCGUGGAUCUGGACCUGAAUGAUCAGGUGACCCUGCUGAAGCACAGCGUGAUGGAGGUGAUGCUGAUCUUGUCAAUGCCACUCAUGAACAAAGAUGGCGCUCUGCUCGCCCAUGGACAGCUUUUCAUGACCAGAGAGUUUUUGAAAAGUCUUCGUAAACCAUUCUGUGAAAUGCUAGAGCCAAAGUUUGAGUUCUCCUUGAAGUUUAACACGCUGGAUCUGGACGACAGUGACCUGGCCCUUUUCAUCGCCGUGAUCAUCCUCAGUGGAGAUCGUCCAGGCCUUGUGAACGUGAAGCCCAUUGAAGACCUCCAGGAUACAGUACUUCAGGCCCUGCAGCUCCAGCUAAAGACUUCUCACCCUGACUCCCCACAUCUGUUUGCCAAGCUGCUACAGAAGGUGACUGAUAUCCGGCCCCUGGUGGCAGAGCAUGUCCGUGCCAUCCAUUUGCUGAAGAAGUCAGAACUGGACAUGUGCCUCCACCCUCUCCUACAGGAGAUCAUGAGGGAUUUGUACUAAAUUACUCCAUCCAAAGCCACAUCCACCCUUCCUUCCAAGAGGUGGAUCCAAAAAUGGAUCUGUAAAAAGACCAGGGUUCUUCCUUUUGUCUGAAAAUGGACUCAGGUGCUUUGCAUAAUAAUUUUUAUCGGUGCUUUAACAUUACUAAUCUUUUGUUUCUUUGAUGAUCAUAUAUUUAUUUCAAGCGCAGAAUGUCUUAACUGAACACAUUAACAUGACAUCAAAGAGUCUCUUUACACUGUAGGAUUUCCACUGACCAAUUUAUCCUGACUCUGUAUAUCUGUAGAUAGUCAGCAUUGGCUAUCUGCGAGACAUGAGGACAAUCUGUCUGAAUACAGCAACACUUACUGGUCUUCACCAAUUGUCAUAGUGUCAAACUGAGUCAAAGCAAUUGUGCCAGAGCAGCUCUAAUCCACAAGAUGGCGCCCUGUCCUUUAUGGAGGAAGUAUAAAUGACAAGCAAUGACCAUACAAGAGUUGAACAUACAGCAUGCCUUAAAGCAGAUGUUAUUUGCCAAAAUCGUUUACAAACACUUUAUUAACCAUAAUCGUCGCCUGAUCAAUUACUCCUGAAUGUAUAUUUCUUAACUGUGGAUUCAUGUUGAGAGACUGCAUAUGGUCUAAUAUUUAGGUUGUUCUUAACCUUAAAUGUGACUAUUUAAAAAAAAAAAAAAUUAGGAAUUCAUUCAGAAAGUUAAAUGCUUUAUUUUGUUUCUGGUGGUUAUAUGCUCAGGUAAUGCCAUGCUUUUUUUUUUUUUUUUUGCCUUUUUUCAAAAAAAAAUAUUGAUAAGAAUGCAUACUGCGCAAAAAAUGUUGUUGCAGGUGAUACUUUACCAUAGUGAGUGAUGAGUUAAGAGAUGAUGGGGAAGGACAGGAUUAGAUUUUGAAUUUGAUCAGUUUGCCCUCAAAACAGUCCUUAUCCAAUUAAAAUCCCAAUGGGCUGCCAUGGUGAGACACGGAGCCCUGUAUCUGAUCAUGCUUUGUUAUGCUGCUGGUUAUUUUGAGCAUGUUUAGUCAACAGGCAGUAGCACUACGCAGGAGCAGCACUCAGGAAUAGAAACACGAAGCGCAUAUAGAAAAUAACGCUGAAAUAGAAACCCUAAAUCAGCAGAUAACUGUAGUCUGGUGUUUCACAGCAGAUGUCAAACAGCUAAUUCUCCUCCUGUCAUCCCAUUUUCCAACUCGAUUUGGUGACAGUGAGAGAAAUCCCACUGAGGAUUCUUUGAUUGCCUAAACAGUCUAGUCUCUAUUCCCAGACUCUUAAGUUUCCCAUCUGUGGUUCAUCUGAUUGCUGUCAUUGUCAACAUACUAAACUAAUUACAUGACAAGCACUUGGUUAAUUUAUUAUCUUUUUGUACACUAACUGUCCGUAUUAUUAAAUUUGCACAAGUGAAGGGG